AUGGGUAUGGGUUUUAACGACUUCAAGGAGAAAGAAGUCGGGUUACCACCCCCGCCGUCCGGGAAAGACGGGGAGGUGUUGGGAGGGGAAGGGGAGGGGGGAGUGGCUUUGGAGGUUGUGGAAAAGAGAGGGAGAGAGAAGCUAUGGAAGAAGAAAUUUGCUGGGAGGAGGAAGGAGUAUAAGACAGCGGCUGAGCUGCUGGAAGAGAAGCAGGCGGAGGGGCGGGAGGUGACUCAGACGAUCCUGGACAUGCGUGGAGCACAGGUCCGUGUGUUGACGAACAUGGACCGGUUGAACGAGGAGCAGAAGCUUCAGGAGGACGACACGCCGAUGCCGGAGCUGCAGCACAACCUGCGACUGGUGGUAGAUCUAGCAGAGGCAGACAUUCAAACCAUCGACAAACGCCUAAGGUUCCAACGAGACUCGCUCACCGCUCUCAAGCAGGAGCGCGACCGCACGCAGCAGCGCAUGCAGCAGCAGGCGCAGCAGCUGAUCGACCUCCAAAGAAUCGUCGGCGUGUUGGAAAAUGUUUUGUCGUCUGCCCCUCCGCCGCUGCCGCCGCCAUCGACGGCGUCGGCCGAAGCCCUCGCGCAGGACUCGCACGCGAUUGCGACAUCUGUCGCCACGCCAUUGGCCACGCUGCGGAGGCUGAGGGAGCAGCAUCCCGAGGAGUUCAAGAUGUAUAAUGUCUCGGCGGUGGCGUUGGGGUUUGUGCUUCCCCGUCUUGCUCCGCUUUUCCGCACCUGGAAUCCUCUUGCUCACCCCUCCCACGGUCACGCUGUGCUGUCCUCCUGGCGUUCCGUGCUCGCACGAGACGUAGGAGGAAGAGGAGGAGCGAAGGGAGGAGGAGGUGAGAACGACGAAGAGAGUGGGGCGAUUUUUGCUGACGUGGCACUGGCUGAUUCGGUGGCAGAGCCGGGAGCAGCCGCAGGAGGGGUGGGAGGGGCGCCUGCUGACAUGGACCCAUACGCCCGCCUCGUCGCUGAUCUUGUGCUGCCAGCUGUCAGAUCCGCAGUGGUCAAUCUCUGGGAGCCUCGGGAGCCCGAGCCUCUCCUGAACUUCCUCGACACGUGGCGCGCUCCGGUGCUGCCAUCUGUCCUCCUGAGAACGAUCCUCGCGCACCUGGUGUUCCCGAAGCUGGCAGCGACAGUGGAGGCUUGGGACCCGAGGCUGGAAACCGUACCUGUCCACCAGUGGCUGCACCCGUGGCUGCCGUACCUAGGCUCGCAGCUCGAGACGCUCUACCCAACCAUACGCUUCAGGCUCGGGUCUGCCCUCACCGCCUGGCACCCAUCCGACUCGUCUGCUCUUGCAAUGCUCGCUCCGUGGAAAUCCGUAUUUGACGCGGCUAGCUGGGACACUCUAGUGAGUCGAUCCAUUGUCCCGAAGCUUAUACACUUACUGCAAACAGAGUUCUUAGUGAAUCCGCAGCAGCAGCAGCUGGAGCCGUUUCAUUGGGCCAUGUCGUGGGCGGGUGUGGUCCCCACGCGCCACCUCAUCGCCUUGCUGGACACCGCAUUCUUCCCGCAGUGGCACCAGGUGCUUUACCAUUGGCUGUGUGCAAACCCUAAUUUCGAUGAAGUCACCCGGUGGUAUCUGGGAUGGAAGGCGCUUUUUCCCGCCGAGCUUUUAAGCUCGGAAAGGGUGCGGCAGCAGUUGAACGUUGCUUUAGACAUGAUGAAUCAGGCUGUAGAGGGGAUGCCGGUUCUGCAACCCGGCGUGAAGGAGAACGUCUCUUACUUUAGAGUUUCGGAGCAGCAGGCGUUUGCAGAUGGGGCAGGGGCAGGGAGGGGUGCAACUGGUGCAGGCAGUGCUGCUGCUGGGGGACCUGGUAUUGCAGCAGGUGGGGUUGGUGGGGGUGGUGGGAUGGGUGGUGCUGGUGCAACCAGUGGUAGCACGUUGACAGGAGGGAGAGGGGCUGGAGGCGGGAGGACGGGGAUGGUGCAUCAGGAGGAUGAAAAGGAGCUUUCUCUACGAGAGGUCGUGGAGCGAUUUGCGUUGCAGAACGACGUGAAAUUCCUGCCGAAACCCGGGCGCACGCACGAGGGCAUGCCGGUGUUUUGGUUUGGCACGAUCAGCCUGGUGAUAGAUUCGCCGAAGCAGCUGCUGAUGGCACAGGAUGAUAAGCACGUGUGGGUACCUGUGUCGUUGGAGCAGGUGUUGGAUAUGCAUAGGAAGAAGGGGGGGAGGUGGGCUUAG